CUUUAUCUGCUUCCGAGUACUCGGAGCUGUAACUCCAUCCGUACUGCUUGUACCUAACAUCCUAUCUUUCUCUCUUUGCUUUGUUUUUCUCAAUCCAAACGGGCUGCCUGAUUCUUUUACUCUUACUCUCUAAACCUCCUGCAUCCCAACCACACACCAAUUACCGACGAAUCGUGCGUGUAACGCACACUUUUAAUCUCUCAGUGCCGCGGGCCUGAAGAUCCUGCCUUGCCUCUUCCAUACAAGUCACUUGCAUUGUCAGAAACGCCCCAUCUGCCCGAGUCUCCGUCCGGCAACAGAAAGCAACAGCCGCCGCCGCUCGCUCAGUCCGUGCUUCCCAUCUGCAAAAAAACCGCCCUUCUCCGCCCACGCCCUGGAUGAUUACUUCUCUCUACAGCAUUCACCAUGUUGGCGGUUGAGAAGCACUGGAUUAACGUACAGCAGAAGACCUUCACAAAAUGGCUCAACGACAAGUUGAAGGUCCGCAGAAUCUUUAUCGAUGAUUUAGUCGUCGACCUUUCCGAUGGCGUCAUCCUCAUCCAUCUACUCGAAAUUCUCGGCGGAGAAUCGCUCGGCCGCUACGCUUCGAAGCCCAAACUCCGCGUCCAGAAAUUCGAAAAUGUCAACAAGAGUCUUGACUUCAUCAAAGGGCGGAGGAUCCAGAUGACCAAUAUCGGUGCCGAAGAUGUUGUGGACGGCAAUAGAAAGAUCGUGCUGGGUCUGAUCUGGACUUUGAUUCUUCGAUUCACUAUCAGUGACAUCAAUGCGGAGGGUAUGACCGCAAAGGCGGGUCUCCUACUGUGGUGUCAACGCAAGACCGCUUGCUACGAAGGUGUACAGGUCCGGGAUUUCUCUACCAGUUGGAACGAUGGGUUGGCCUUUUGUGCGCUUCUGGAUAUCCACCGCCCGGAUCUGAUCGAUUUCGAUGCCCUGGAUAAAAAGGACCACCGCGGAAACAUGAAGCUCGCCUUUGACAUUGCUUCGAACGAAAUCGGGAUCCCUGAUCUGCUUGAUGUUGACGACGUUUGCGAUGUUGCGAAACCGGACGAAAAAUCGCUCAUGACGUAUAUCGCCUACUGGUUCCACGCCUUUUCGCAAUUGGAACGGGUUGAGAAUGCGGGGCGUCGGGUCGAGAAGUUCAUCAACAACAUGCAUGGUGCCUGGGAGAUGCAGAACUCUUACGAGCGGAGGAUGAAGGAGCUGCUGCGGUUGAUUGCCGCGCAACGCGAAGCGUGGAAGACAGCGUCCUUCGAGGGUACCUACAAGGAUGCAAAAGAGCAGGCCCACCAAUUCUCGCUGUACAAGAGAAACCAAAAGCGCCAGUGGGUGGCCGAAAAGUCGGAUCUUGCUGCUCUUUUGGGAAACAUCAAGACUAAACUCAGCACUUAUCGUCUCAAACCAUACGAACCUCCAGCGGAGCUUAGUCUGGAGGUUUGCGAUGAGCAAUGGGAGGGCUUGACCCGCGACGAGCACGAGCGUAGUCAACUCAUCAACGAAACGAUCCGAGAUAUCAAGAAUGCGCUCCGUCGUUCGUUCGCGGACAAGGCAAACGACUUCGCAUUGACACUUAAGACGCUGUCUCUGGCUAUUUCUGGUCUCGAUGGCGAUGUAGAAGACCAACUAGCCCAUGUCAAAAGACUCAAUGAUAACUUGCCUCCCCUCGACGCAUUCCUAGAUACUAUCGCGGCUUUGGACGAGCAGUGCGCGGAAGCUAACAUCGAAGAAAAUGAUUGGACGACAUACACCCUAGAUGAACUCUCCUACGAGUUGAGUCUGGUCAAAUCGAGCAUCUCUAAGAAGCUGGCUUUCCUCGACAACCAACUUGUCGCCCGCAACAUGACCAACUUGACCCCCAUCCAGUUGGAGGAGUUCGAGUCGGUCUUCAGACAUUUCGAUCGCGACUCAUCAAAUACACUUCUUGAGCUCGAAUUCUCCGCUGCACUUGCAAGUCUGGGACUUGUCUAUGACGAGGAGGAGAUGCAUCAGGUUUACCUUGAGACAUGUGGCCCAGCUCGGUUGGCUCAAAAUGCCGGUGUCAGCUUCGAGCAGUUCAUUCAUUUCAUGGUUAGCGUGGUGGAAGACCAGAAUUCCGCCGAGCAGGUCUUGCAGAGUUUCCGAGAAGUUGCAGAUGGCAAGCCAUACGUGACCGAAAUUGAUUUACGACACUCCCUUAUCCCGGACGAGGUCAUCGACCACCUUGUACAGACAAUGCCACCACACCAAGGGCCCGACUUGCAGGAGGAUCGCGAUCUCCCCAAGUAUGACUACAUCAGCUUCAUGGGCAAGAUGAUGGAGUACAAUGAGACCCAGUCGAACGCACCUGCCAAUGGUGAAAGCUAAUGACUACUUCAUCAUUCUUCCAUCAUCCCCCCUCUUCUUUUUUUAUUGCAUGAUUGGCUGCAUUGCACACCCGGUGUUCUUCUGUUUCGCUUUCCUUUUUCCAUAUCCAUAUCAUCUGCCGGGCAUUGCUGUUAAAGUUGCGAUUGGUGUUAUCUGGAGCACAAAAAGGAGGGUCCUCUUCAAGGUUCAUUGUCAUUCCAGAUAUGUACAAUUCUUGCCCUGUGUGGGUAGAAGUAGUGUUUCUUAAGAACGUGAAUAGAGUGUAAUUGUUG